UCAUAUGUUUUUAAGUCAUUUGUCAUCUUUUUGUCUUCAGAUUGAUCAAAAAGGUGCAGAAAAGAUUUUAGGUGACAAUUUCUAUACUAUUUUACGGAACUCUGGAUAUAAAGAAGAUAAGUUAAGGUAUGAUGCGUUUGACUUUCACAAAGAAUGCAGCAAGAUGAGAUGGGAUCGACUGAAUAUCCUUAUAGACAGACAAAAUAGUGAUCUCAAGAAAUUUGGAUAUUUUAGCAUGGAUAAAGACAGGGCUAUCAACUCAGAACAAAAAGGCAUUUUUAGAACAAACUGUAUUGAUUCUCUUGACAGGACCAAUGUCGUCCAGAGUAUGUUGGCCAGCAAGAGUCUUGAGUUUCAGCUGGAGGUAAUAGUGAACU